GCCUGAUGGUACCGAGCAUAUAAUGACCUAUGUAGAUAAAAACGGUGUAGUAAGGCCUAAGGGAAUUAAACUGGUUCUUGAAGAACGAAAUUUGUGGAUACCAGGCCUUAUAAGAAAGUGCAAUACAUGUAAAAAAAAUAUGCCUGAUCCAAACAACCCAAACUGUUGCGCUUCGCGUAUUCUUUCAGCCCAACCUGAUUUUGCAGCUCAAAAAUCACGUAUACAAGAG